GGCAUUUAUCGGCUGCAAUAAGCAGCUUCAUGCUUCCGUCUUUUUUCGGCUGGUUAAAAGAAGCUUCUCUUUCUGGCUUCGGCAGGCUUGUGAUAUUAUUUUACAAUCAAUGUAUCACUAACAACAGUUUCAUAUACUAACAUUCAGAGAAACUAUGUCAUCCUGUGUCGCUUGGAAGAAUUGUAGGUCGUUUGCAUCUUGUCGUCUGCUGUUUGUAGUGUUGCUUGCUAUUAACCUUUGGCCCUUUUUACAAGUAUCUGCCAAAAUAUUUAAAUGUCCGGAAAAAUUUGGAUACUUUCCAGACGAUAACGAAUGUACAAAAUAUUAUAUGUGUGUUUUUGGUGAUGCAUUCCACGAAAGAUGUACAGGAGGAUUACAUUUCAGUGCCAGUCAAAGAAUUUGCGAUUGGCCAAGGAAUGCACAAUGUGAAAGCAAUAAAGUACCUUCAGAAAGUGCCAGCAGUCCAACUUAUCAGAACACCAAAACUACUGGUUUUAAUCGAGCCAAUACUUCACCUCCUCGACAGAGACUUGCCUUAGGAAGAGUAGGAAGUCGUUAUCAGGUUACAGAAACUUCUACAUCUCAUUACAACCGUAUUUCGACGACUUCUGCGCCUCCACCAAGAACACCUACAACUUCUCGACCUCAUCCAGUGCUUACCCCAGCUCCAGAAAGCCGUUAUUCUCCAAGAAUUGUUAACACUCGUUUAGUUGCUUUGACAGAAGCUUCUAGACCUCCAGGUUAUUACAAUGUUAUCAGAAAAUCCGGUAAUCUUCAACCCGUAAAUGAAGAUGAGGAAGAGGAGGAGGAGGAAGAAGAAGAAGAAGAUAAUGAAGAAAACGGACGGAGUGUAAAUAUAUACAUUAGACCAGUUUAUAAUAAAAGAAUUAAUGAUGAAUCUGUUGGAAAAAAAGAAGAAAAGAAAUCCGAUCCUGAAUCAUUAGUAGUAGUGAUGUCAAAUAAUGGAAAAUAUAAAGAUCCUGAUGUAGAUUCUAUACAAAGAGUAGCAGAUAAUACAAAAGCUUCAAAUGAACCUUCAGCUGUACAAGUUAAAGCUGUUAAUAUACCAAACAGAAGCUAUAAUAAUAAUAUUAGAAGGAGUCCAGAAAAUUCCGGAAUAACUCAAAAUAUACAAACACCUGACAGAAGAACUGUAGCCAUUCCUUCUCGACAACCAGUUACACACGGAUUUGGUAGACCAAGAUCAUACCCAGAGACAUCAGCAGCGAGAUCAGUAGCGGCACCUUCAAAUGAUAGAUCUAAAGAUGUUUCCCUCUCUUCUCGUCAAAUUAUAAAUCCUAUCUACACUAACAAAAAUUCGAUUACUCGUCCUAAUCCAAUUCGUACUAACGGCAGAACUCCAUUGUUAUCACGUCAUGGUUCUACAUACCAAGCAAGUUUAAGUGAUUCUUCGGAGGGAUACAGACAAAGACAUCACGCUAAUUCGAACAAAGCUGCAGAAAAUACCAGAAGAGGCUCCACAUAUCUAGAAAGUCUUAAUAGAGAUAAUGAAAACACGCGUCAAAGUUAUGGUGUAUAUAAUAGAAGAACUCCAGAAACAAAUCGACAAAAUCCAUCUUACACUAGUAGGGAUUCUUCUAGAUACAUCCCACCGUAUUCAUCGGAUAGAGAUGAAUCAGAAGAUCCUCCAAGUUCAUAUCAAGCAAGACCUAUUUCAGAUGGAUCCAGAUCACCAGGCAAUUAUCAACACAGAAGUCCUGUCAUUCCGACAUACACAGAAAAAACACGUCGUCUCCCCGAAACUUUGGCUACAUCAAGACAAACAUCAUCUUUACAAAGAACAACCCCUGCCAGCAAUUUCCGACAACAGUUAUCUGUUUAUCUAAAACGUGUGCCCGACGUUUCCGUGCCUUCGACAUAUAAUUCUGGUGAUAAAAGAAAAAAUUCUGACGAUGUAAUUCCAGUCAAUAGGAAUCGGCCUUUGGAUUCCGAUGUUUCAAGCAUUCCCAAGCAAGCUUUGGAUAAUUCUGAAACAUUAGAUGCUCAAUAUGGAACAAAUCCCACUUCCGUUCGACUUCCAGAUGUUCCAGUUCGAGUUCAAUCAUUUGUAACCAACAAAGAUACUAAGAAAAAUACAUAUAAUAGAAAUCAACAACCAUAUCAUUUUGAAGAAGAAACAGAUAAAAAUUAUGACGACUAUCCAGAUUAUUAUUUCGAAGAUGACGAAGAAGAAGAGGAAGAAGUUGUUCAUACUCCCCGUCCAAGAGUUUCUACUCCCGUUUACAGACUUCCUCCACCACCUCCUACAACCACAACCACCACUACUACUACUACUACUACCACCACAACGGUACAACCACCAAUCACUCAACCUGGUAGACGUCGACUUCCAUUUGGAAUCAGUCGUCCUGCCACACGAGCACCAUCAAUAUUUGCAGGAAGACCUCCUCCUCCAGCUUCUCGUCCAAGAUCAGUUUACCCUACGCCCAGAUAUCUUAGUGCCGGUACCAAAUGCAGUCCUUCUAAAUGUCGUUUACCCGACUGUUACUGUGGCACAACAGAUGCACCUCUUGGAAUGCCUGUCAGCCAAAUUCCUCAGAUAGUACUCAUAACUUUCGACGAUGCUAUGAAUGACUUAAAUUUCGAAUUAUAUACAGAAUUAUUUGGAGACAGAAAGAAUCCUAACGGAUGUCCUACACUAGGUACUUUUUACGUUUCUCACGAAUGGACGGAUUAUGGAAAAGUUCAAACACUCUAUUCUCAAGGACACGAAAUGGCAUCACAUGGCGUAACGCAUAGUUUUGGAGAGAAGUUCUCUGUUAGUCAGUGGCACAAAGAAAUUCAUGGUCAACGAGAGAUCCUUCAUCUUUACGGUGGAGUCAAAAUGGAAGAUAUUCGAGGAAUGAGAGCUCCAUUCUUGCAGACGGGAGGAAACAGAAUGUUUGAAAUGUUGUACGAAGCUAAUUUCACUUACGAUUCGUCUUUGCCCGUACCCGAAAGUAAUCCUCCAUAUUGGCCUUAUACUCUCGAUUAUUCUUUGAAUCAUCAAUGCAUGAUUGGUCCUUGUCCAACCAAAUCUUUCCCUGGUCUUUGGGAAGUGGGUAUGAUCAUGUGGACCGAUCUCAGGGGAGGAAGAUGUUCUAUGGCUGAUGCUUGCUCGAAUCCACCCGAUGACGAAGGAGUAUAUAAGAUGCUAAUGAAAAAUUUCAAUCGCCAUUAUAAAACUAAUCGUGCUCCUUUCGGAGCAUUCUAUCACUCUGCUUGGUUUAAUACGCCUCAUCACAGAAGAGCAUUUAUGAAAUUUUUAGACGAGAUCAUGAAAAAGAAUGACGUUUGGGUUGUAACAAAUUGGCAAGCCAUUCAGUGGAUGAGAAAUCCCACACCCAUUUCUAAAAUCAAUGAUUUCGAACCUUGGCAAUGUGAUUAUUCCGACCGACCCGGUCCUUGCAAUCAUGCUAGAUCUUGUCAAAUUUCGUACAAAGGAGGAUCCAGAUCUAUGAGAACCUGUCAACAAUGCCCGUCGCAGUAUCCUUGGUUAGGAAAAACAGGUUACGAUGAAAGAUAUGGUUAAAAUCUUCAAAAUUACGCUGACAUUUCGAUCCGUUACCUACCAUAAUCUUACAUUUAUUACUUCAUUACUAAGCAUCGUAGUAAAUAUUCAAUAUUCUCAUAAUUCAUAGAAAAAAAUAUAUAUAAAACUUGAAAUGAUGAACGUUAACAGAAUAAAUACGUUAACAAAAUACGAAUAAAAGUAAAAACGUGCGUAUUUUUAAGAAAAAAAAAAAACAAGAAAAAUGAAAGUGCCUGUGAUCAUAAAAAAUUUCCCUAUACAUUCCCGGAUUUAUUUAUUUAUAAACUUUCUCUAAAAUUCCGUCAUAGACGGACGACCCCUUUCGGAUAUACGAUCGAUUCUUUUAAUUAAGGAUCAUUUUGAAUCUUGCCUAUUAGUAGGCCAUUUCGGUGUGGGUUUUCGUUGAUCUACGUAUGUGCUGGUAUACUGUAAACACAGAUCUGUUGCAUUAUGCGGGAGUUUCUCACAAGUCACAGAAACCCCCAGUCUAGUGCUUCAGAUAUCCACUGUUGGUGCAAGGUCCAUCUGUUUUGUAAAAUAUACGGAUUCCGGAUUGUAAAUAAUGUGCUGAAGUGCCUGCAUCAAGAGUGAUGUAUAGAAUAGCAUAUUUUUUUUUUUUUAAAUUACCGAUUAUGUAAUUCUUUGCCAUCAGUUGUUUACUAUUUCUUUUCAUUAAAAUUUUUAUAUUUUGAGUUUUUUCAAUUUGUAAUUUCAUGUGCAAGUCUG